CCCUCGCUUGGUGUGGUUUAUUCUGGUGCAGUCUGGUGUCAAUGAAAGGGAAUCCUCCCUUUGUUGCUUUCUAUUGAUUCCGAGUGUCUUUUUCCUUUUUGUGUGCGUGCCGGUUUUUGUCGACAACAACCAAAACUUGGAACUGCUUGUAGCCAUCGGCGGGGUAACUUCCACAAACAAACGAACCCCCGAGUCCAAGUAAACAAACCGCUUUGAUUCCCUUUUCAGGACUCAGGCUCUUAAAACCGCCGCUUAAAACACCACGACCUCGGGUCAUGAGACGGCCUCGCGCAGCGAAACAGACAAGAUGACGACCAAGCUGGUGAAAGCGAACCCCCUCAACGGGAUCCCGCACACGGCGGGUAUCUACUCCGACAUGAGCGUCGACGGACCAGAGAUCGGCACGCUGGUUAUGGUGGUCGACCGGGCCAAGAACCUGCCCAAUCGCAAGACCAUUGGCAAGCAGAACCCUUACUGCGCUGCUCGCCUCGGGAAAGAGGCCAAGAAGACCAACACCGACCUCCGCGGUGGCCAGACCCCAAAAUGGGAUCAGGAACUCCGAUUCACCGUCCACGACUCACCCGACUACUAUCAGCUCAAGGUCUCGGUCUUCAACGACGACAAGAGGACGGAACUGAUCGGAGAGGCCUGGAUCGACCUACGCAACAUUGUCGUGCCGGGAGGCGGCCAGAGCGACCAGUGGCACCAGCUCGGGUGCAGAGGUAAGUAUGCCGGCGAGGUCCGCAUCGAGAUCACAUUCUACGACAGCCGCCCCAAGCCCGAGAAGCCCGCGGCGAAGGCAAAGCCACCGGUCCAAGCCGAGCUUGAAGCAACUUCCGCGCCAACUGGUCCAAGCGGUCCCAGGAAGGUGCCCAAGCGUCGACCUUUGCCCUCGGAUCCGGUCACUGGAGAGGCCCCAGCUCCGCCUGCUCCUGCUCCUGCUCCAGAGCAAGUAGUAGAGGCGCCGCCUCGUCCACAACCGAAUCCCACGCCUACCUCGCACCAGUCUUUCCAGCAGGCCGAGUACAACCCAGCCCCACCAGCGCCGUCGCAGCCAUACUACCAACAGCCGGACCAUCUCCGCCGGGAACCCAGUCGAGAGUUCGAGACUCCGCCUCGAAGGCUGGAAGCGCCUACGCAGCAAUUCCGAACCCCCGACAGAGCGGAGCAGUAUGCCAUCCAACAUCAUGACCAAGGCUAUAGCCCCCAGUACCAGCAACAGCAACAGUUGACUUACGACCAUCAAGGGCCAUACGACUUUCCCCAGGCAAACGAAGCAAGAAAUCUUGAGGAUGAUAGGCCACCACCGCCGCCCGCACAUCGGAGCAGGACUGGUAGCAAUCCUCCCCUGAAUACAGGGUUUCAGGCGACCCCUCCAACGAUGCGUCACGAUGUGCUGCGAAGCGAAGCUCAUCGGAACUCAAUUGGGCCUGCAAGCUAUCCGGGACGGCCAACAUACAAAGCACACGACACUGCCCCGGCGGUACUCUCCGGCUCUCAACACUCCAUCACGGAACAGGCGCCACCGGUGCGCCACUACUCGUAUGAUCCGGCUUAUGAUAUUCCCCAUAGGGCCCUGCAGCCGACCGUUGAGGAUGUUCCCGAGUCGCCGGAAUCAAUGAGCAAUCCGCACAGAAGAACCUCCGGGCGCUGGCAGCAACCUCAGCCCCAGUCUCAGUUCACCCCGGACUAUGAUCUGACCGCCAGCCCCGCACCGCUGACUCUUUCAGGAAGCCGCAGCAGCGAGUUGAUGCAGUACUCCCAUGCUCCGGCCGCUCCUGAGCCAAGCCACCAGGGACCGAAUGGGUACCAGAUGGCUCUGUCGGAGAGCCAGCGGCGAAAGUCUUUCGAGUAUGCGCCGAAUUUCGGCAGGCACUCCGAACCUGCGCUGGGGUCCCACAGCUCCCACGCGGACCAGAGAGCCUUGACGUACCGGGGUGAGGUAGACGAAGCCUCGAAGAGCUAUUCUGUGCCUCCUGUGCCUCCGUCGCUGAUCCCCGGCAUCGAUCCGAACAUCGCUCAGGAGAUCUCGGAGAGGAUUAAUCAGGACAGACAGCAGCCUACCCAACGGCGAUACACACAGCCGGCCAUGAUCGAGGCGCCGCCCCGGGGCAGAACGAUGGACCAGAGAUACGGCCAUGAUGGCUCGCCGGCCGCGUACAACGCUGUCGUACCCGCUCACAGCAGGAGCCCCGUCACGUACCAAAACGGACCAUCGACCUCAAGUGUCAAUGUUGUUAUCAAGUCCCGCGCCUACUCGCCAAACCCGGCCCGUGACCCGAGUCCCAACCCACGUACCCAGCACACCAUUCGGCGCAAGUCAGUCAGCCCGAGACCGCCGGUGGACAACACGCGCCAGAUAUCUGACGUGCCGUUUGGCCCCGACUCUUACGACGCGCUAAACCCCAAUGCUUCAUCCGCUGCCCUUAAGGACGCCGCAUCCUCGCGUCCAGACUACGACGAAGCGACUGGCAAGAUCAUCACGCACGAUGGCCGAGAGGUCGACCCUUCCGACCACCUGCCGAUGGAGAGCUGGGCGCCGGAACCCGAGCCGAAGCCUCCGUCAUCUUCAUCUCCGUCGGCUCGCCCCUCUCUGUCUGGACCGCAGCCCGUUCCGUCCUCGGGUCGUCGCCCCCUGCGCGUCCGGCCGCAAUCGAUGCUCCCCAGCAGUUCUGUUGUCUCGUUCGGCAGUUCCUCCGACCACGUCAACGAGUCCGUGACAUCCUCCUCAUCUCCGGCCUCAUCAGCGCGCAGCCGCCUGCAGAAAAAGGCUGUCUACCGCCAGUCCACGUCGGCAAUCGCCCCCGUCAUGUCAGGCGCCAACGGGCCCGGUCCCAGCUCUUCUAAUAGCAACGGCUUCCGCCCGAGCAGCAGUGGGAAUGGCAUCGAACCCACCCCUCUCGCGCCCAUCCCUCCGCAUCAAGACAACUUCACCCCGCCGCGCCAUCUCCCGCGCGCAGCCACAUUCGACUAUGCCCUGGGAGCAGGCAGCGAGAACUACGCACCUUCUCACUCCCACUCCCAUUCUUAUGGAGGACACGGCUGUUCCCCGCACGCUCAUCACACGCGUGGAGGCUCCGGUCCGCCGCCCAUACCCGCCAAAAUCCCGCUUGCCUUGCCCGCUCCCAACAGCAGCAACAAUGCUAACUCUUCUGGAGGGCCUGGUGGUAUGAGUGGCGCCCUGCAGUUGCACAGCAGCAGCCUUGCCAGACGGGCGGGGAGCGGGAUCGAUGACGAGUAUUACUCUGAGCAAGAGCUUGAUCACCACCAUGACCACCACCAGCAUCAGCAACAUCAGCAUGAACCGUAUGAAGGGUAUAACCGUGCAUAUGAUGGUGUCCCUGGAGGGAGGGGGGGUGAUGGAGCGCUCUCGCUGGAGGAGGAGCUCAGGCAGAUUGAUAUCGGCACGGGAAGUUCCAGGCGAAAAUAUGCUACUUAUUCCAUGAAGGGGAGGCAUUCGGGUCAGCAUGGCAAUCAGGGGUUUGUGUAUGGACAGGGAGGGUAUUGACAUUGACGGGCCUUUUUUUCUUCAGACGGGGCCGGGCUGGGGGGUGGGUGGUAUUGACGCUCUUGUCUGCCUUGCCUGUCUCGGGUUGUUCGUUGGGGU